AUGUCAGGCCAAGGCAAGCAGGGAGGUAAAGCGAGAGCCAAGGCAAAGUCUCGCUCCUCUCGGGCUGGGCUGCAGUUCCCAGUGGGUCGAGUGCAUUGGCUGCUCCGCAAAGGUAAUUAUGCUGAGCAGGUGGGGGCUGGAGCUCCAGUCUAUAUGGCCGCGGUACUGGAGUAUCUGACCGCUGAGAUUCUCGAGUUAGCCGGCAACGCUGCUCAGGACAACAAGAAAACCAGAAUCAUCCCCCACCACCUGCAGCUCGCUAUCCAUAAUGACAAGGAGCUCAAUAAACUCCUGGGGAAAGUGACGAUCGCUCAGGGGGGUGUCCUGCCCAACAUCCAGGCCGUGCUGCUGCCCAAGAAAAGUGAGAGCCACAAGGCCAAGAGCAAGUGAAGGUAAUCGGGAAGAAGCAAAAAUCUU